GUGUUCUCUAAGCUGCAUCAUCCUCAGUAACAUCUACUCGAACAUUAACAGAAAACCGACGCUCUAUAGCUAAGGAUGAAGACGGCCAUGCUCACCCUCCUCUUUGUUGUCAGCAUUGUCUAUGCUGAUGAAACGGCUCCAGAUUCCGGUGAUGACGUUGACCCUGUGACGUGUCAGGACGAACUUGACAGUAUUGAGGCUGAGAUAGCGGAAAUUAUAGAACAGACAGGCUCUCAUCCUAUCGGUGCCAUCAAACCACAAUGCCUGAAGGACGGUACCUACACCCCUCGUCAGUGUCUCGGAUCUGUUUGUAACUGUGUAGCAGCCGACGGCUCCAAGCUGACGGAUGACUUCGGCAUCGGUGAAGCCGUCAAUACUGAUUGCUCUUGCGCGCGAGAAAAGCAGGAGUAUAAGUUGUCGGGUAAGAUCGGCAAGUCAUUCAAAUGCACCGACAUCGGCAGUUACGCUCCAGUCCAGUGUACCGGAAGUGUGUGUUACUGCUCUGACAUCAAGGGUCAACAACUGGGACAGGAAACAGUCAACAUCGGGUUCAUUGACACUCUGAAAUGUUAAAAGUUGAAUAAAAAUCUUUCUGUAUUACAAGAUGUUUUCUUUGAA